AUGAAGCCCAACUCGGACGCCUUCGCCAGCCCGGCUCCUGCUGCCGAGUUCGACCGUGAGAUCUCAGACAUGGCCUCCUACAUCCACAACUACAAGGUCGACUCGGAGCUUGCUAUCGACACCGCCAGAUAUGUUUUCCUAGACACCCUGGGAUGUGGCCUCAAGGCUCUCGAGUUCCCCCACUGCACCAAGCUGCUCGGCCCCGUCGUCCCUGGAACCACAGUUCCUAACGGUACAAGAAUUCCUGGCACACCUUACCAGCUCGACCCCGUACUUGGUGCCUUCAACAUUGGUGCCAUGAUCCGAUGGCUCGACUUCAACGACUGCUGGCUGGCUGCCGAGUGGGGUCACCCCAGUGAUAACCUGGGCGCAAUCUUGUCCGUCGCAGACUGGAUCAGCAGAACCAACCGCAAUGGCGGAAACUUGGGCAAUGGAAAGAUUUUCACUGUGAGAGACGUCCUUGAGGCCAUGGUCAAGGCACACGAGAUUCAAGGUUGCAUGGCUCUCGAAAACUCGUUCAACAAGGUCGGUCUCGAUCACGUUGUUCUGGUCAAGGUUGCUUCGACUGCCGUUGUCAGUCAAAUGCUUGGCCUGACCGAAGGUCAGACUCGUGAUGCUAUCUCGCAAGCAUGGGUUGAUGGUCAGAGUAUGCGAACAUACAGACACAGCCCCAACACCAUGAGCAGAAAGAGUUGGGCUGCUGGUGAUGCUUGCGAGAAGGCCGUCAACCUCUGUCUCAAGGUCAUGAAGGGUGAGGGUGGUAUGGCUACCGUUCUUAGUGCACCCACUUGGGGCUUCUACGAUGUCAACUUCCACGGCAAGAAGUUCGACUUCCAGAGAGGAUAUGGCAGCUAUGUCAUGGAGAACGUCCUCUUCAAGGUGUCAUACCCUGCCGAAUUCCACUCUCAAACUGCCGUCGAAGCGGCCAGCCGUAUCAACAAGAAGCUGAAGGCCAUGGGCAAGAGCGCCAAGGACAUCAAGGAAGUCGUCAACCGAACACACGAGGCAUGCAUCCGUAUCAUCGACAAACAGUUCAAGCCCAUGAGCAACUUUGCCGACCGCGAUCACUGUGUCCAGUACAUGGUCGCAACCAUGUUCGUCUUCAACCGCCUCGAGGCAUCAGACUACACAGAUGGCUCCGAAGCAGCAGAGAGCCCUCUCGUCGAGUCGCUUCGCCAGAAGAUCAAGUGUGUCGAGGAUCCUCAAUACACCACGGACUACCAUGACCCCGAGAAGAGAACCAUCUCGAACGCUCUUACCGUCACUUUGGAGGACGGCACAACACUGGAAGAGGAGAUUGUCGAGGCACCUCUUGGUCACAGACUGCGCCGUGAGGAGGCCAAGCCAGAAAUCAUGGCCAAGUACAAGAGGCAUUUGGGCCCUCACUUUGACGAGUCCCGGGUAAAGGAGUUGGUAGACCUCGGCAACUCGCCCGACAAGUUGUACGCCAUGGAGAUUGACCAGUACGUGGAUCUCUAUGUCAAGGACAGCAUUCUGUAA